AUGGCCGGCAAAGAGGGAGACCGCCCGAACUCUGCCUUUCCCCGCGAGCAUCUAAACAAAGACCUCCAAAAGCUGGUCGACAAGCAAGAUGACUGGAUGGACAAUAUCUACGAAGGAGAAGGGCCGGACACCACGGAAACGAGCAUGCGAUAUGCCGCAUAUGCCAACCGGCUGCGCACUAUUAUGUUGAGCGCCCAUCGAUAUGUUGCCUAUACCUCAGACAUUGGCGAGUCCUUUCGCCCAGUUGCCCACCCUAUACUGGUCAGAAGCGCAUAUGCGGUCUCAUGGGCAUACGUGCUCGGUGAUUGUGGGCACGAGGGGUGGAAGGCGUAUAAGAGGAAUCAGAGGCUGCUACAUCCUCAAGGCGGAGAGGAGUCUGACGGAAAACCAAAGGAACCCAUGGGGAAGGUCGAUGCCAUGUCGGCACAGCAACCCGUUCACAUUCCUGCGAUUGAAGACUAUCGGGCCGUGAUGGCCCAGCGAGCUGUUUUCCAAAGUCUCGCUUCGAUGGGAUUGCCGGCAUUUACAAUUCACUCGGUCGUGAAAUAUUCCGGGAAGGCGCUCAAGAGUGCAUCAAACCAAACCAUAAGAACUUGGGGCCCGAUUGGACUCGGUCUAGCAGUGGUUCCCGCACUACCUUAUCUCUUCGACAAACCUGUGGAGGAGGCUGUUGAAUGGACGUUCUACCAGGCGUUCCGGGCCAUUGGCGGAGAAAAUGCAGUUGGCCAAAGACACGCCACAGGUCGAAAGGAGGCCUUGCAGGCUGAAGCAAAGAUCGCCAAGGAAAAGAAGAACUUAUAA